GUACGAGGCGUACUUAAUGUUGAAAGACAUGAUAGCAGCCGAGUAUGAGGCACGUCGUGACGUCUACCGGUUCGAAGGUAACGUGCUGUCCAUCUUGGAAACGCGCUGUCGGGAACGAUCCGACUUCCGGCUGAUUGUGGAUUCUCUGGACUGGGAUAGAAACGCCAAAAGCAGGCGCAUUCUUCAAGGCGAAAAAGACAAAAAACAAGCAUUUAAAAAAAGAGAAAAAGCCAAACAGGUGGAUUACGCUUUGCCGUACUUGGAAGCGGCGACAAGGCCGUUCACGCUAGAUACGGCUAAAUCGAUACGCAGUAAGAUCGUGUCAGAUUUUAGACAUCACACCAAAUAUCAAUUCAUCAAAGCCAGAAAUGUUUUAAUGAAGAAACAAUUCACACUAGCAUCCAUAAUGGAUUCGUUAGUAAACGAGACGGUAAUGAAAGAAGUCGAGCAGAAACAGAAAAUGGUUUUACUGUGUUCGUCUAUUAAAAACCAACUGGACAUGUUGCUGCUGAAAAUGGAAAGGUUCAAAGAAAAACGCAUUGAAAGAUACAACAACUUGGCGCUGUACUUGAACAAUAUACCGGAAUUCAAAAAGUUACCACCGUUAAAAUUGUAUGUUAGGGACAUUUUUGAAAACUAGUCGUAGGUAAUAUAAUAUAUAUUACAAUA